ACUUACUGCUAUAAAGCAACAUGGCGACUAGUAGCUAGUUGAACUGCCCGAGGAAAACCGGCUUGAUCAUGACGAAUUCAAUAUUGUUCAACAAAAAAAUAAGAAAAUUGAUUAUGAAUAUGCCUGGGAAGGCUCUUGGGGAAUUUCGACUUUUACCAAUUUUCUUUGUAAUGGGUGCCUUGCUGGAGUUUACUAUGAUUCAUUGGAAGGUUGGAGAGGUUAACUUUUAUAAUACGUACAAGAGAAGACGAGUAGAAGAAGCAGUUGAAGAAAGAUUACAACAGAUAAAAAUGAAAUCUGCUGAAAAUGUCGAAUAAUUAAUCGCUAAUACUUAAAUUUGUCUUUGAACGAUAUAAAUAAUUAAAAAAA